AGCUAAAGCUGAGGAAGUAAAGCGAUGCAAUCGUUUUUGUUUUUGCUUGUCAACCUGUACAGCCUUUAGCGAAUAAGAAGAAUAGCAUUCGAAAGGAUGUUCUCGACGUUCACAAGAAGAACCCUGCAGGCCACCCGAGUCCAGUCGCGAGCGCUGGGUAAUACCUGCUUACAAUAGCGGAUCUCAGCAAAGAAAGCCAGAACUAGAAGUGUAAGUACCUCACAGCAAUGAAAAAGAGGGACGAUUUAUUUGGAUGUAUGAAGUAUACCUACAAUUGUUCCUCCGUCCAGGUACUGCGAAGCGGGGUAAGGACAUUCUCGAUGUCACAAGUUCCAUGCAAGCCGCCCAGAGAUUUUUCACGCAUCCGGCAAUGACGUACCUACCUCCAAAUUGCUUGUUGAUUCGGCGCGAGGUGAAAUUGCGAUGCCUGCAUCUUCGUUUGUUUAGUUAGAUUAAUUUCGUUGAGCAACCGCGUUUUUCGGAUUCUCAAUCAUAGGGGAACUUGUCUAUUCCACUGCCUAGGUAUGUGGAGUUCAAGUACCAGUGCGAUGCGGUGCGGCUUUUUGCAUUCGGGGGACUUACGGGGUUGCUGAUGUUGGACUUGAUCGUUCGCCCGCUAAAAAGCAGUUACUUUUCCAUGUGGGGCCCCAGCUGGUGGAUUUCCAAUUGCAUGGGGCUCGUGUGGGCUGAUUCUUGUGACGUCUUCCUGCAGAAAGAGCCUUCGUUUUCCGGUACACCGCCCGCUGACUGUGCCGCCGAUCUGAGUAAACUGAAAUGAGACAUCAAUGUAGAAGCAUCACCAGUAAGAUUUUUUCACACCAUAGUCAAAGCUUUCCUUGUGCCGGGAAAGCACUGCGAGAAUCGUGUUGAUAACACCAAAGCCGUCCCUCUUCCUUGGCGAUAUAGUGAAAAACGAUCGCGAGCGCGACUGCUGUGUGCCGUCUGUUGUACAACUGCUCCACCAGCAGUCUUGUUGGACACCAAGGAGUUUUAUGUAACAAUUUUGACAUGGGCGAACGGAAGGUUCGGCGAUGCAACAUACAGCUGCCAUGGC